GCAGUACGCUUACGGCACUUUUGCAUGGGAGGUGCGUACUAGUAGCUGUCAAAAAAUUCUCUCCAACUUGUGUUUGUGUUUUGGAAAAAUUUCGUGGAUUUUCUUGAUGAAUCCCUGGUAAAUCUUGAGAAGUUGCUCUGCAUCUGUGUAGUGUGCCAUAUUCUCUGAGGUGCUGAGGGGUCGCGUGGUCUGGAGAAAAUGGGGAAUUCUGUGUCUGCUGCUGAGAUUAUCGCAUCGGAAAUCACCCAGAAGGGUGGUGGAAUGAAGAAUCCUCAUCAUCCGGUGGAUUAUAGGGGGAAAGAGCCACCUCCGGAGUGUCCAAUGCAUGUGAAGCCUGAGUUGAGGGAAUGCCCGGUGAAUCAUGGGCAAACCGAUGUGAAUCCGCUGAAUAUGAUGCCACCGGCCAAUCAAAAUCCAGCUCCGGAUCAGCCUUUUCCGCUGCCGACCGAGAGGCAGGUGAGUAGCAUCCCGAAGGUGACUGAGGAUGGCUCGAAGGAGUUUUGGGUGUAUCCCAGUCAGCAGAUGUUCUGGAAUGCUAUGCUGCGGAAGGGCUGGCGGUGGAAGAAGGAGGACAUUAAGCAGAAGGAUAUGGAGAAUAUUAUUCGGAUUCACAAUGCCAACAAUGAACAGGCUUGGCGGGAGGUGCUCAAGUGGGAAGCUUUGCAUGCCAAAGAAUGCUCCAAUCCUCGUCUCAAGAGUUUCGGUGGCAAGGCUACGCAGUACAGUCCAAGAGCUCGCAUCCGCAGCUGGAUGGGCUAUGAAUUGCCAUUUGAUAGGCACGACUGGAUCGUGGACAGAUGUGGCAAGGAGGUGCGCUACGUCAUUGAUUACUACGAUGGAGGAGUUGUGGACAAUGACUACAAGUUUGCUCUUCUGGACGUUCGACCGGCCAUGGAUUCCUUCGAGAAUAUCUGGGACAGGAUGGCAGUGGCUUACAUGCGCUGGAAAUAUGAAUAUUUCCAGCGCGAGAAGACAGAAGCCACGGAGUGAAGGGGCUGAUCUCUAAUCCUGCACCGAUAAGUAGAAUUUUUAUUUAUCCUUUGCUCCUUCCUUUUGGUUCCUAAAAAAAUAUAAUUUAAAAAAAAAAUAGCAUUUUUAUAAGAUGCUCCUGAAGAGACUUGCAAUUUAUUUAACAAGACGAACAUUAUUUUUUCCUUGAGUCCGCUUUCCCUAAACUCCCAGAGAUCAGCCACAAGAAAAGAAGAGGAAAAAUCCUCUCAAUUACUAUUAGGACUAUUAGUAUCUCGGAUUGAUUCGUGUAAAUGUACUAACGGAGGAAUAAAUUAAUGAUAAGUGUUCAGUGUUUAGAGAAAUCAA